UAGUUUUUGGGCAAGACAUGGGUUGGAGAGGAAUUUUGGGUUUUGAGUAUGGGAUUGUUCAAGCACCCUUGGGACCUGAUAUCUCAAGUCCACAGCUUGUUGCUGCUGUUGCUAAUGCUGGUGCUCUUGGUUUUCUCAGAGUUCCUGAUUGGAUAUAUCCUGAUUAUGUGAGAGAGCUCAUAAGAAAGACUAGAACCUUAACUAACAAACCAUUUGGGAUAGGUGUUAUUCUUGCAUUUCCUCACAAGGAAAAUGUAAAAGCUAUAUUGGAUGAGAAGGUUGCAGUAUUGCAGCUUUAUUGGGGUGAAUGUUCAAAGGAGUUGGUUCUUGAAGCUCAUAAAGCUGGGGUCAAAGUUGUACCACAAAUUGGCAGCUAUGAAGAAGCAAAGAAAGCUGCUGAUGCUGGUGUAGAUGCAAUUAUUGUCCAAGGUCGGGAAGCAGGAGGCCAUGUAAUUGGCCAGGAUGGUUUAAUCACCUUAUUGCCUAGAGUAGUCGAUCUUGUUCGUGGUCGUGACAUUGCAGUAAUUGCUGCUGGAGGAAUAGUGGAUGAGCGUGGUUAUGUUGCUGCUCUGGCCCUUGGUGCACAGGGUGUUUCAUUAGGUACCAGGUUUCUUGCAACAGAGGAAAGCUAUGCUCACCCAACGUACAAGAGGAAGCUGAUUGAAUUUGAUCAAACAGAGUACACAGACGUAUUUGGUCGUGCAAGGUGGCCAGGGGCACCACAACGUGUUCUGGCAACCCCCUUCUUCAUGGAAUGGAAGGCGCUCCCAAGUCAUGAGAAUGAGUCAAAUCAACCUGUCAUUGGCCGCACAAUCAUACAUGGCAGGGAAAGAGAGGUUCGUCGUUUUGCUGGUACUGUACCAAAUGCCACAACUACUGGCGAUAUAGAAAGCAUGGCGAUGUAUGCUGGUGAGAGCAUCGGUCUUAUCAAGGAAAUUCUACCCGCAGGUGAAGUGAUAAAGAGGAUCGUUGAAGGGGCUCAACAACUGAUUGAUCAACAAUUUGCGCCUGUGAAUUAAC